AUGUACAAAGACAGCCCAGAGGACCCGGCAGCCUUCCCACGCUUUUUCCAGCCCCACCUGCGCUCCGCAGAGAUGCAGCUCUGGCCCCUGCGUUGGGGCGACCUGGCACAGGCAGCGUGCGAGACCCAGGCCUCCGCUUGCAGCUCGGACCAGUGGCGACCCGUGGAGCUGCGCGCACUAGGAAUUUGGUGCCUUCAGAUAUUCGAGGAUUUGGCGUUGAUCCUCAACUACGUCGAGGAGACUGGACACUGGCCGCGCGAGCUGACCAAGGCGUACGUCGCUCUGGCCCCCAAGGACGACGCGCUGGAGGAGCCGCAGCCCACGGGCUUUCGCCUUAUCAGCGUCUUGAGCGCUGUUUACCGCCUCUGGUCGAAGGUGAGGUUUGCGGAGACUCUGGGGUGGCAAGAAGGGUGGUGCCCUGACGAGAUGUGGGGUUGCAGGCGACACCGUGGAAGAGAGACCAUGGCGAUGGCCAUCGCGCUGGACCUGGAGUCUGCAGCUUACGGUGGCGGCAAGCACGUGGCCGGCGUUUCCUAUGAUUUCAAGAAAGCCGUUGACCUCAUUCCUAUUGAGAUCAUGCUUCAGGCGUUCAACGUAAUCAUCCAGGGGGACGCUUUGUCGAUGAUCGCGCUGAACAGCAUCGCCAGCUGCAUUCUGGAGACUUCUGGCGCGCGCGCGGCGGAAGGGGCCACGGAGCGCUCCUACGCCGACGACAUCUCAGCAGCGACGGUCGCGGAGACGCCAGAGGCAGCAAAGGAGGAGGUCAGGCGAUUUCACGGCAUCGUUCGCGCCUUCACCUGGGCGGAGGGCGGCGAGAUCAACCUCGAGAAAUGCUUCGCCGUUGGCGAUGACUGUGCUCGCGGUGUUCUGGGGGAUGAAGUGCGCCGCUUUCGACAGUUUGAAAUCGUCGGCGGUUCUUUUGCAGCGCGCGAGAGCGCAGAUGCUGAGACAGAGCUCGAACUGCAGCGGCUGGCGAAGUGGAAGCUUACUCUGGGCAGAAUCCGGCACGUCCCGAGGUCUUGGCGAGACCGGGUAGGCCGCUACUCCUUGAGCCCACUGGUCACUUUCGUGCUGCUCGCCCCGGCGCAGCUCGACGCGGAGUUCGGUGCCGUCUACGAAGGCCUCAGAGCGGUCAUGCGGGCGAUGCGCGUUCCUGCGCUGGCGACGACGCUCAAGGAGCGCUUUGGCAGCGUGCCGACCGCCCGGCGGGAUGGCCCAACCUUGCGUCUGCGCGUGCUUCGCCGUUCUGGUGCUUUUGGGCCCCUUGUCGGCAGGCUCCUGGGCGGUGCCGUGACGGACAAGCAGACGGAGGGCGAGUGGCUGCGCGACUUGCGGGAUGCGUGGAGACGCGCCCUCUGGCAGCGCUUGGUGAAGGAGCGGGGGCGCCAGUACGGAGGCGCCGAGGACGUUGACCGAGUGCGCACAAUGAUCUUGCACGACCGGCUCCAGGAGCAGGCGUCUGCGGAUGAGGAGGCCCAAGAGGAGGAGGCUGCAGAGGCCCGGGCCAAGCUGGGCGCACUCCGGCGGACACUUGCAGGCGGGCUCCUCACCAACGAGCGCGUGGGGAGGCACAAGAAGGAGGGAUCCUUGGCCUGUGCCUGCGGCGCUCCGGAGGCGACGGUGGAGCACGUUACCAGCCCGCUGACGCAGCGCCAGUCGGUCCUGCUGCAAACCUUCAUGCUGACAGUGCGGAGGGAUCAGGUGCAGCGCUGGCACCGAGGAGACGACCUCCUGCAGGUGGCAGAUCCCGAGGCACCGGCGCCGGCUGAACAGGAGGGCGCCGCAGCUGCAGCUCUGCAGGGGCACGCCGAGAACGGGCACCACCUCGAACGUCGGGUGGGCGCCGACGGCCUGCGGUGCCGGAAGUGCGGAAAGUUCGUCCAGAGGACGCAGCACGUCCGCCUCAAAAUCACGGGCCGCCGCUGUGAGUUCCCAGAUCUCCCGCCGGAGCGCUGGCUCCAGCGCGAGGGGCAGCGCCAGGCGGAGAGUCGCCUGGACCAGUUGUGGCGGGACACGGAGGAGCGCUACAACAAGGGCGGGCACGUCGACGUGGAACAGGCGGACCGGCAAG